ACGAUGAUCGACAAAUUAUCUAGAGUGAUCCAUGGAACUGGUGGAAAUAUUUUUCAUCGACGCGAUGUACUUUCGAAAUAACUACGGCGACCUGAUGAACGAGGAUAACAAAUUUAAACUGGAAGCUAUCUAUCCGAAUACAUCUUCACAGUUCGUAAAUUGUGGCCAACUGACGCUUCCGCAAGAGCAUAUAUGCGGCGAGUGCGGCAAGGGUUAUAAAUGGAGGGAGAAUCUGUACCGGCAUCAAAGACUGGAGUGCGGCAAGCUGCCUACGUUGCGUUGCAAAAUUUGCAUGAAAAUGUUCUACCGUCGAUACGAAUUAACCAAUCAUUUGAAAAUGAAACAUCACAAAGCGUAAUCAAUUCUCCCGCGUUGGAGAUGUUUAUCAGAAGUAUCAAUGUAAUUGAUUCUCCCACGACGAAUACUUUUUAUCGAGUAGAAAUAUAGAUAUUAGUUUUUCUUAUUUUCUUUUGACGCGAUUAUUGUAGAAUUUGUUAUAUUUUUGCGAUUGUCCUAUAUACUGACGAAAUAACAUGUAUCUGCAUCUUGUAGACAUUAUCUCGAAAUAAAGCAAUCUACGGAAAACACA